AUGCCUCUCAUCACUUGUGCCAACUGUUCACUCAAGAAAGAAAAAGAAGCGAGUCAGUUCGAUAGUGAGAAUCCACCGUAUCGAUUUCAACGUACUGAUCAAUGGCGACCGGUGUAUAUUUGGUUAGAAUCUUUGAAUCAAAACGAGGUGGUGAAGUCUAAAGAAAUUUCUGACUGGCUGAGUGCGAAUCCGGAUGUCCAAGAACAGUUGUGCUCUCGGCAUUCCCGAUAUCAUUUGAUGCACUACAUCAAAAAGUGCCAUAUAAAGAUAUUGAAGAGAAAAGAAAAGAAGAUGGGUGGGCAGCAGCAAAACAAAGAAACUUCUCUAAAGGUUCGCAGGACCGUGGUGAUGAAACAACCAGCGGCGCUUCCAUACAGUGCGGUUAGCAAUUUACCUAAAGAUGGUGAUGUGUACAUGACAAAAAGAAAGGAAGCCUAUCGCAAAUUUGAGAUUUUGGUGGAGUUGGAGAAGUUGCUUUCCCCAAUUUUCUCAAAGGGUCAGCUGUGAAGUAAUGAAGCAAUCUUGAAACAGCAAAUAUAUGCCCACAGAUCAAAUGUAUGCAAACUCGGAACGGCCAUGCUGACUCCCCUUUGGUAAAUAAUAUUUUUUUCACAAUUGACGACCAAAGAUCUUCUCUCCAAUGCGGCUCAAGAGUCUUAGGGAAGUUUUCGUCCUUAUAGAUAUAAUGAGGGACAAAGUCUUGUGUCUCUUUGUACAAGAAAGGCCUUAAGAAAUUUACUUUGGUGUGUUAUAUGUGUUACUGGAUAUAAGCAGGAUAUUAUCUGGAAAAAUUUGCAAUGUAUUGCUUAAUAUACCGUUCCGCUGGCAGCAUGUUUCCAAAUUUCCAAUUUGUCUUGAUUUCAAGGGGAAAAUGCAAAAUUAAAUAUGUGCUGUCCAAGUUAUAAUGUGUAAUUUACAAGGUAUAUAUAUAUUUGCUCCUUUUGCUGUU